AUGCGCCGGGAAAUUAAGGAGAUUCGAGCUAGCAAGAACUCAAGAGAUUUUGACUGGUACCAAGAGGAUCCGACUGUGACGUUGGAGCAGGCUCACUGCUUUGUUAUAUUGUACGGAACAGAGUUCAGACUAAAGACCUUGAGCCUACAAGCCACCUCCGAGGAGGAAGUAAACAUGUGGAUUAAAGGGUUAAACUGGCUGCUUCAGGAUACGCUGCAGGCUCCUACUCCUCUGCAGAUUGAGAGGUGGCUCCGGAAGCAGUUCUACACAUUGGACCGGAACAGGGAAGACAAGAUUUCUGUCAAAGACUUAAAGAAUAUGCUGUCCCAGGUUAAUUACAGGGUCCCCAACAUGAGGUUCCUGCGUGACCGACUAACGGAACUGGAACAAAGGAGCCGAGAGAUUAACUAUGCCCAGUUUGCCGUGCUCUGCCGAUCUCUUAUGUAUGAUGCACAGAAAACGAUACCAAUUCCCUUCACAGAGACAUUUGGAGAGCGUGAAAGGACCAAAAUAUCCUUAGAGGACUUUCAAAAGUUCCUGCUGGAUUAUCAAAAGGAUAUGUGGGCAACUGAUCUGCACAAAGUGCGGGAGUUUAUAUUCCACUUCUUACAUGACCCUCUGAGGGAGAUCGAAGAGCCAUAUUUCACUCUGGAAGAGGUUUGGUGCCAUCCUGUUUAACCAUAUACUUGUUAUAUGGCUUAAUGCCUUUAUCUCGUUUCUGAAACUGUUUUCUCCUCUGCAGUUUGUCACUUUCCUGUUCUCUAAGUAGAAUACAGUGUGGGAUUUAGAACUGGACACAGCGUGUCCCCAAAAUAUGGACAACCCUUUGUCUCAUUACUGGUUAUCCUCUUCCCACAACACGUAAGAAGCUUCUCCUCCUUCAUUAUUUCAUGUUUAUUUCAAUUCCAUAUUUUUAGAACAAGUUUCUUCUUCUCAUUUUUUCUAUUCUAUCAUAAUCU